GUCAGUCAAUCGGUGUUUUGAUACGGUGACGGUUGUGUGAAAAAGUGUGUUAAAGAGUACAUUCUUUAAAACCGAAGUGUUUCUUGAGUUCACGAUGUCGGAUGAAAUCGCAGAGAAUGGAACAGCGAACGGCGACGUUCCGGAGAUCGAGCUGAUCAUAAAGGCAUCGACAAUAGACGGGCGGCGGAAGGGCGCAUGUCUGUUCUGCCAGGAGUACUUCAUGGACCUGUACCUCCUCGCCGAGCUUAAGACCAUCAGCUUAAAGGUGACGACAGUGGACAUGCAGAAGCCGCCGCCCGACUUCCGCACGAACUUCGAGGCCACACACCCGCCCAUCCUCAUCGACAACGGCCUCGCCAUCCUCGAGAACGAGAAGAUCGAGCGCCACAUCAUGAAGUCCGUGCCUGGCGGUCACAACCUAUUCGUACAGGACAAAGAAGUGGCCUCACUGAUCGAGAACCUGUAUUCGAAGCUGAAGCUGGUGCUGGUCCGCAAGGACGAGCAGAAGUCGGCGGCGCUGCGCUCGCACCUCGCGCGCAUCGACGCGCUGCUCGAGCGCCGCGCCACCAGGUUCCUGACGGGCGACACGAUGUGCUGCUUCGACUGCGAGCUGAUGCCGCGCCUGCAGCACAUCCGCGUCGCCGGCAAGUACUUCGUGGACUUCGAAAUCCCGACGAGCCUGGUAUCGCUGUGGCGCUACAUGUACCACAUGUAUCAGCUGGACGCGUUCACGCAGAGCUGCCCCGCCGACCAGGACAUCAUCAACCAUUACAAGCUCCAGCAGCAAGCAACUAAAGGCCUGCUGUCGCCCUCGCUGCCGCGCAGUCGGCCGCGGGACGCGCCCCACGCGGCGCUGAAAAUGAAGAAACACGAAGAACUCGAGACGCCCACAUUCACGACGUCCAUCCCCGUGGACGUGAACUCUUCCUCCCACCACGAGCAGUAGCGCGCCCCCCCCCUCCCACUCCACCGUUAUUAGUAGAUCGCAUGCAACGCUGGCCGCACACCCCAGAGCUACAAGUACGGUAUGACUGCGUUCUGUGAGGGUCAUACCUGACGAUUAGGUCCACGCCUCUCCAGUAGACGUACCAAUAGUUAAGGGUCUUAAAAGCCUAAAUUUCCGAUUAAUGGGCACCUCUUUUUUAUAAACCUGUGUGAUAAAUUAUUACUUAUAUGCACACACUCUGUGCAUCACUCACUCACCCAUAAAUCAGGCUUUUGUGCCCAAAAACAUCUCUCCUUUUCAUUUGAUUGCUCGGUAGCGGCAACAACUACAAGUUGGAACUUACGAGCGAGUCAAUCUACAUUUCAAAAGCAUGUCUUAACAUAUGAAAUACACUCGUCAAUGCGGCACGCCCAGUAAUCCGGCAGUUAGCUUAGAUGGCCCACUCUAUAAUCCAACAGUUUACACAGCCGAACGGUCACUCACGAUUUAUGCCAAAAGUUCGAGUUGAAAACGUGAGUGACUCGGCUAAUUUAUCUCACGUCUCACGAAUGUCACGGAACUUUUAUUAACAAACCAUUCUGAAAUACCAAAUAGAUUUAACACUUCUAUAUUUAACUGAGACUAAGAGGUACCUACGUGGUCGUCAUACCGUACUUGGUAAGCGUAGACUGCCAGCACAGUAACGUAGCCUCCUCCGUAUGUACGCGUGUACAAGGAGCUUCGAGCUCCACCGCCCGCCUGCGUCCAACAGAAACUUAAUAUAUUUUUAUACAAAUUUGGAAUUAGAGCAUUUUUAAUUUUUAGUGUUGCUAUGUUGGUAAUAAUGAGUAUGUGAAUUUUUAUGAUAAUGGUGCAAUCAAAACUUAGUUUUGGAUAUGUGUUGCCGUUUGGGUUGUUACGCGGCUAAUAAAGAGCUCGCUUCUCUAGUUGAUCGGUUCGAUGUUAAGCAAUUGUGGCCAUUAGUACUUGGUUUAACUUGUUGGGAACGCCCAGUAUCGUGUAUCAAACUUGAUUGGUAGAUUAAUCGGCAGAGGUGCCGAAAGUACCCCGAUUUGAAUCAGUGUAUUUCGGGUAAUAUAAAUUGUGGGAGCGAGUCGUUGGCUGGUACGGGACUGCCUCCUACAUUUAUACCCAACUAUCUAGUUUAUAGCAUUCAUUCAGUGUUCAAACACAACGAAUAAGCUUUCUGACAUAUUUUUUGUAUAAUAUUCAUUAUUUGUGUAAGAUUGGUUUACAGUAUUUUGUUGGUUCUUUUUUGGACUAGUAGUGUAGUUAGGUUAGACAUAAACAAUUACAUUUUGUUUCAAUACCUCUGCCUAUUUAUUUUGCCUGGUUAUUCUUUACAAAUUUUCAUUUAUUUUGUGUAAAAUAAAAUAUAUGAACAAUCUUGCCUGCUAUCAAUGUUACCUUUGGGAAGGUAGUUAUUUUUUAAUUUCAUAAUUUGAGAUAAUAUAAUCAAUAUGAUAACAAUAACAACUGUAUAAUUUCACUAAGACAUUCAAUUUACAACAGAAUAAUCUUUAAUAUUCUUCCUGAACUUCAAAUCAAAUAGUUUUAAUAAAAAGGGUCUGUAGAAAAAGUAUAUGUUGUUGAUAAUAAAAUACAUAUAAACAUAGUACACAAGGGCGAGAGAUCAUCACCAUGUCUGGACAAUGUAUAAAAUAUUAAUUCUAGAUUAUAAUUUAAGUGUUAAGGAAUAAAUCUGGAUAAAUAUUAUUUUUA